AUGAAAAACAAAAACAAUGUUGGUAAUGAAGUACCAAAAAUUUUAAAAGACGAAGAACAAAAUAUGAAGCAUAUUCAGGACCAAGGAAAACCCACAUUUGGUAAGACUCCUUAUGAUCUGGUAGAAAUAAAAAGCUAUGAUGAUGAAGAGGAAAAAAGGAAGAAGGAAGAAGUGAUGGACUUCCUUAAGACUGUCAUGUCAAAGACACCAGCACCAGUAGUUGAAGAUUCCAUCAGAAAAGGGCAACAGUCUGCCAUGUUAAAUCGUUUAUUAGGGAAGGGCAGCUAUGAAUCAUUUGAUAUGAGAUGCAUGGUAACCGGUCAAUUUUCUGUUGGGAAAACGACUCUUGUGAAGCUGUUAGCUGGGGAUGUCCUACCAGAAGGGCAACAUCCAACUGAUGGGAUUUCUCUGGUAGAAGGUCGCUGUGGCCUCGACAUUCAGUCAAAAGAGUGGAUUCUUGUUGAUCCAGACUCUUACAAUGCCCUAGAUGUUGUGUACCAUAAGGUUUUAAUGACCUCUCUGGAAGAAGAGGAGGAGAGUGAAGUUACCAACAAAGCUUCAGAUACAAGCCCAACUGGUUAUGCCAAAGCUACACUUUCCUCUUUGCCCUCAGAACAGUCUGCAACCGCACAAUCUCUACCAUCUACAAAAUCCUCCAAUGUGCCUCACACAGUAAACCAGAUGGAACAGAAAAUGAGAACAAGAAUGACUAAAGAAGAAAUAAGAAAGAAAAUGGAAAAAGUCCUCAAAAGUGGGAAGUAUAAAAUGAAAGUUGGACGUCUUAUCUUCUGGGAUUUUGGUGGACAAUACGUUUAUUUAACAACACACCAGACCUUCAUGACAUUCCGAGCGUUGUUUCUUGUAGUAUUUGAUGGGAGCAAAGAUUUGCAUGAACAGGUCCCUGAUGUGAUGUGUUUUCCAGGGCAGCACAUGACGCCAACGCCAGCAGUAUUCUUGCAGUAUUGGGUCAAUUCCAUCCUGACCUAUUGUAAGGUUGUAUAUGCAGGCAUUCCAAAGAUUUUGUUUGUUGCCACUCACAAAGACAAAGUACCAUUGGAGAAUAUUGCGACCAGACGUGAGGAGCUUUACAGAGGAAUUGAGGAAUUGUUUAAAGACCACGAGGGAAAACAUCAUCUGGUCCUUAGACCUCUAAUAUUUGUCAAUGCCAAAGAUCAAGCCGACCCAGAAAUAGAAGUUCUGAAGAAAACAAUAACAGAACUAACAUUCGACCACCCAUGCUGGGGUGAAAGGAUGCCGAAUGCAUGUGUUCCACUGGAGCUUGAGAUCGCUGAACUAGUGGCAGAAGGAAAGCAAAUAAUGUCUUUGGCUGAAGUUAAAGAAUUAAAUGCUAUCAGCGAGGUGUCUGUCCUGUCUCCUGAGCAGUUGACCGAUUUUCUACAUUAUCAACAUUCUCUAGGGAAAAUUGUCUAUUUUGACACACCACAGCUAAGAGAUAAUGUUAUCAUCAGUCCCCUUCUUAUGGUGGAAGUUAUGAGAUCUUUUAUUACUGAUGUUGAAUUCUGGCCAAAAGAAGAUAACACAAGAAAAACCUUCAAAAAGAUGUCUGAAAAUGGAAUGAUACAAAAACUAGACCUCUACCAGAUUUGGGAGCAAGAAGAAUUUUGUCAGAUAUUACUCUUUAAAGAGUACAUAUUUGAUAUGCUGAUACACCUUGAUAUCGUAUCUGAACAGCGUAGAUAUGAUACAAAAACAGGAAGUCGGCUACCAGUAGAACACUUCUUUGUACCCUGUAUGCUUACCCAAAGAAAUGAUACAGAUUUCUUGACACAAGAAUGUACACCAGAGAGGACACUUAGUUUGGCCUUUGUUUUCAAAGGAACCAUCAUACCUCCAGCCUUACCAAAUCGUCUCAUAUGCGCAUGUCUUAGUAUGUGGACAUUGAAGCAAUACCGUGGAAGGAAACUUAUGUUUUCUGGGUUUGUUGGGUUAUCAGUUGAUAAAGAGCAUGAUAUUGUUGUUUGUGUAGAAGGUAACAAGAUCUUACUGUACCUAAUCCAUAAACGCUCCAAGGGCCUGAUAGUACCUGAGAUAGCCACUAGUGUCAGAGAAUGUUUGCAUUUAACAUUGGAGAGGAUUUCAGAAUUUUAUCAGUCCACUGUCCACGAAAAAGUCCGCAGUCAACUACCAUUUCACACUGAGUAUUCCUGCUCAAGAUUUAUCUGUCACUUUCCAGAAGAAAGAUUAGCUUUAAAAACUGAUGAGUGUGUUUGUAAACAUGGUGACGACAUUACACUCAACUGGAAGGUUUGGAACCAGGAACAGAAACAAAAGCAGUGUGAUCUGGAUUGUACAGGUUUGAGUGAAGAUGCAUUAUCUCAGUUUCCUAACAACAUAGAGUUACUUCGUCUGUCUGUUUAUUGUGAGACACGCAUGAUACAUGAUUUAGCUAUUCAUCUUGACAUGGAAGAAACAGAAUGGAGUGAUAUGGUAGAGAAUUACCCAAGAAAUACACAAAUGGUCAAGUUUUUAACACUUAUUGAUUUGAGAGAGAACAAUGGAAUACGUUUUGGAGAUUUGGCCAAAGGCUUAAUCGAAAUGAAGAUAACAACGCAUACCUUAUGUAUGAUGCGGAGGAGAAAACAAGUGAUGUCUAAUAUUCCAGACGAUAUCUUAGAUUCAAUUCCUACAGAUGAAAUAUUAGAUGACAUAUCACCACAGAUCGGUAAAAUGGUUUUUCAACUAGGAACAGAACUUGGAUUGUCCAUAGCAGAUUUAGAGAAUAUAGACAAAUGUAAUUGUGACUUGACUGCCCAGAGUAAGGAAGUCUUAUUUACUUGGAGGAGAGACAAAUUAGUACGACCUACAAUACGUGUCCUUGAACAAGCUUUGGUAAAUAGUAGAAAAGGUGCACGGUGUUUAGAGGAGGUUGUAAAAAAUGUUGAUCCGAAUACACUGAGAGCUGUAGAAACAGUAACAGAUAGAAUCAAAGAUAAUGCAGAAAGAAUCAUACAGAACAUACAAACCAGCCAAAUUUUAGACCAUAUGAUGACACAUCUGGUGAUAUCAGCAGAUGACAGACGUGAUAUUGAACAUUAUCCUCGACAAGAUGACCAGAACAAAGCAUUGCUGGAUAUUGUGAUUAAAAGGAGAGAACCUGCUUACAGUGUGUUUGUUGAUGGAUUACGUAAUUAUGGAUAUGCAGAUAUCGCUAAUGAUUUGAAAUGUGCUCCAGAGAAAAUGGGCCCAAGUACAACAUUAGUAACUGAUGAGAAAAAAGGAGUCAUGUCAGCACAGCUCAGGCAGUCAGCCAGGAAAAGGAAAAAUUUGCCAAUAGUGGCUGCUGCAUCAGCAAGGAAAAAGGCUAACCAGAGAGUACCUGACACUAUGUCAGUAACUGCACCACAGUUGCCUACAGUUGAUACUGGUACACCAUUCAUACCCAUUACAAGUUCUACUGGUACAUACCCAAUGUUGUUUUCACAGACAGGGGCAGGCAUAUAUACCAGUGCAAGCACAGGGCCAGUCGAUUUGAAGAGCACCGCUAAUACCCUUUUAUACUCAAGAGUACCACUACCAGACCAAAGAGUGUGCAACACUGUAACCAGUCAAGAUCCUCCAGAACAUUCCUUAGGUAAUACUAAUGGUGCCUCAAGUUUUACAAUGCCAUUUAGUACUUUUGAUCACCCUAUUCAGAUACCCAGCAUGCAUGCUAAUAUUGCUUUUAAUGUUUCUCAAAGUAUUAGAGAAAAAAAUCAGAAAAGUGAAUUUAUUGAUUUAGGCAUUUUGUUGAUUAACAAUACUCAGCAGGCUACACAAAAGCUUGUUUUUAGAGGGGGUGAAUUUAUUGUGCAAACAGAAAAUAUGCAAAACAAAAUUGGGUCUAUUGACCAAUGGACAUCAGCAUUUAUAAUUUUUGUUAGUGUAUAUUGUACUGUGCAUUCAGGUAGAUUACAAGAUUUACUUAAAUACAUGUCAGUUGUACGUUUGGGUGCAAAAAGAAAUCCAAAUAAUUUAGGUUGGAAGUUAUAUAGUGCCAACAGUUUGGUUUAG